AUGCUCUUCUCCUUUAUCAUUGCCCCUGGUGCUCUGGCUUGCAUUGCUGCUGCGGCACCCACAUACCCCGAGCCAGCACCAACUACCACUGCCGCUCCUCAGCAAUCCGCAUCAACUGGACUCAGUUUCACUCAGCAACUAUACCUCGCUGAUACCGCCGCCGACCGAUUUGCCCUUCUACCACUGGAUGAGCAAUUCAAGUUUGCUUUCAAUGAUCCAGCGCUGAUGAAUAAGGGAGGACUAGGAGGAGACCUCAUCACUGCGAACCGCAAGACCUUUCCUGCUCUCGUUGGUACUGGGUCGGGUAUGGCGGUCGGCUUUCUGAAGGGCUGUGGCUUUAAUACUCCUCAUGUCCACCCUCGCGCUACCGAGCUCCAAAUCGUUGCUCAAGGCGUCCUCCAGACCGAGAUAGUUCCUGAGAAUGGUGUUUUCGAUACACCUGGGGAUGUUACGAGCGGCCGCCGUGUCAUCAAAAAUACCAUAAACCAGUUCGAGAUGCAGCCUUUCUACCAAGGCUCCGUCCACUCACAAUUUAAUCCUACCUGCGAUCCAGCUGUCUUCAUCGCUUCUUUCAACAGCGAGGAUUUUGGAGCCGGUCAAGUUACAGACGAGUUGUUCGCUAUGAGCCCCAAUGUCGUUGUUGCCGCGUUUGGAGAAGCUGUUGAUGGCGCUGAUAUUGAUAAAUUCAAAUCUGCCAUCCCAGCCAGCAUCGCGAAAGGUGUCGAGGAGUGCCUUGCCAAGUGCGGUAUCAAGAAGCGUUAA